CUUCCUCUUUCCUAGCCUUCUUCCUCCACACCAAUGAAUGGGUUUACUCAACAGGCGGGGAGCAUGAGUGAAGGGAUGGCGAAGACCGUCAUGAACAGGUUCGAACCGGGUAGGGUUCUGAUUUACACUGAGUUGGCAAACGAGUUUGCCAACUUCGAUUGGUGGUUCACGUCAGUUCCCGCAUCAACUCAGCCGAACUUGUUCUACGCCCACUCAACCACGUCGUUUGGAGCCAUGAGCAACAUGAGGAAAGACCUCAUCCAUGGAUUCCCCCAAAAAACAAUCUUUGAUUCCCUAGAAGAAAAUGGAGAUUUGGGUUCUCUUAACCCAACUUCAACACUAGCUAUGCCUUCCUUUUGGCUCUCACUAUGCACUCGCUCUUGCUCAAAACAAUGCUUUUGCUUUGCCAAGAGCAUUGGUUCACAUGGGAGUAGGAACAAAGGAGAAAAUGGAGAGGAGCACAUCAGUGAGGAAGCCGCACACAUCAACUGUAGGUCUGCUUACUUGGUCGAAGACUCCUCCCUCUGAUUCCCCUGCCCCUGGCUCCGC